AUGACGUACAACCCCCCAGUCAAGAAGCCGCGCGUCGAGCAAAGCCGUGAUGCGAAGCCGUGGGUAGAGAAGUACCGACCAAAGACACUCGACGAGGUGAAGUCGCAGGAGGAGGCGGUGCAGGCGCUGCGGGCCAGCCUGCAGAAAGGGGCAAGCAUGCCGCACUUCCUCUUCCAUGGCCCGCCUGGCACGGGGAAGACGACCGCCAUCCUUGCUGUUGCGCAGGAACUCUUCGGGCCCGACUACGUGCACAGCCGUGUGCGAGAGCUAAACGCGAGUGACGAUCGCGGCAUCCAAGUAAUACGCGAGAAAGUGAAGGUGUUCGCGCAGAUGGCGGUCGGGAAUGUUGGGCAGAAGGUGCAAUCAGACGGGAAAGUGUACCCUGUCCCAUCUUUUAAGCUCAUCAUCCUUGAUGAGGCGGAUGCGUUGCUGCCAGAUGCGCAGGCGGCUCUGCGUCGCAUGAUGGAGGACUUUAGUGACGUCACGCGUUUCUGUAUUCUAUGCAACUACGUCAGUCGCAUCAUUGAUCCCAUAGCGAGCCGGUGUGCCAAGUACCGCUUUAAACCCUUGGUGAGGCACGCGCUGCAUGACCGUAUUCGCGAAAUAGCCCAGAUGGAGCAGCUGAAGCUUUCUGACUCUUCGUUGGAGGCGUUGGACCGUGUAAGUGGCGGGGACCUUCGGUCUGCAAUUAUGUGUCUGCAGUAUGCGCAGAAGGCGCACGGGAAUGAUCUCGCAGAUGAAGAUUUUGUUGCGGUCUCUGGUAGUGUGCCGGUGGACACGAUGCAGCGCUACAUUGCGGCGCUAGUCUCGAAGAGUUUUGAUGACAUGUGUGUCAUGACGAAGGAACUCGUCGCGCAAGGAUACCCGGCCGGCCAGAUUCUCUCGCAGCUGCAGCAAUACAUUGUGAGCGCCGUCUGCCCGUUAGGCUCCGCGCAGCGGGGGGCCAUCGCAUUGAAGAUGUGUGACGUUGAAAAGUGCCUAUCGGACGGUGGAGACGACCUUUUGCAGCUACUUGACUUGGGGGCUGCGGUUUGCGCCGUAUGA